GUCUCCCAUUGCUAGUGUCGUGGGAUUUCAAGCGUGCCUGGCAACUAUCUGCGUUUGCUUCCACCCCACCAACCAACCGCACGGGGGAAAAAACUCAAAAGAAUACAGCUCGACAGGAUUUUCCUCUCCGCGCCUUGUCGCAGUCAGUUAGGACAAUGGCAUCCACCAGAAUCAAUGAGCACAUGGAAGCAUGCCGUAAACAGCGGGUCAUCGACAAGAAAGCUUAUUAUGAUAAGUAUGUUGGGGAGCGAAUGUAUCCAGGUCUGGAUAACAAUCUACAGUAUCAUCCCACUAGUGACCCAGAGAGAUCAUAUGACCUGACCCAAGAAAGGAGUUCUUAUGGAGAAAACACCAGGCUUUCUAAUGCUUAUCCAAAAAUACAGCAGAAACUAUCAGAUAGACAACAUAAAGAUCCAGGAGAGAAGUAUGUUGUCUAUUCGGCUAAGCUACCAAAUCGUCUAACAUCCACCAACUAUAAGCAGCAGUGGUGAUGCUUUAAUCCACACGUGCUGGAAACUGUUCCUCAGCUUGAUUUCAAGCAGUUUUCUAUAGUUGUGUAACAGUGCACCUACAAUAUCCCACGGUAGUGUGCGUAGGAAAGAAAUACACAAUACACACACCAUGUGAACUCAAGAACGCAUUUGAGCAUUCAGUCCAAUGUGUUUUUAGUCAUUCCAUAAGAUUUUAUAUUUGGUUUAAAUUAAAAAAAUUGUUUGCUCAAUGCUUUAGCUCAAAGCUUUCCUUCUGACAUAGCAUUACAGUAUUGUACCUACUACUACAACAUGAUUGGAUUGUCACCUACAUAUACUCACCUUCUUUCCUUUUUUUCUUUUUUUAAAGAAAAGCUUACAAAGCUUGCAAUUAUAUCUUAACUGUUAAAAACAUUUACCAACCAGUAUUAUUUUUUAUGUUUUUCUCAGUGAUUAAAAUCUUUUGCCAUGCAGAGAUGGAAUUCUUUCUUGUGAUUCAUAAAUAAUGUGAUCAUAAUUAUUCCUUGAUUAAAUCUAGCAUUGAACAGUUAUUAAUGACCUGUUACUUGUAACAUCGCCAUCACAACAGAAUUUGAUUGCAAUCAUUACUGUUUUGUGCUGGAUAUUCAGAUAUUCAAUAUAAACCCAACCCCCACCCCCAAAAAAAGGACAAAAGCCUGAAACAGUUUUGAGUUUACUUUUUACAAUUACUUUAUCAGCUCAACAAGGUCUUAGAGUUAUACAUAUCUAUCCAUUCACAUUUAUAUGUAUACACAUAUAUUUCAUAUAUGAACACAUUUCCUUGUGGACAUACAUGCACGUGCACACACACGCACACACACAAAAAACAUGGUCCAUGCUGUCUUCAACUAUGCCAUUGAAAAAGAUAAAACAUACAUUGAAAACCCAAAUAAAAUAUAAAUAUCUAAAAUAUCAUGAUGUGAAAAAAGAUUAUACUUUCAAAAAUUGUAACAAUCAUCAUUAACCCACUGUAAAAGUGAUUACAAUUUCAAACAUACAGAAAUUCAUGUUCACAACAUUAGGAUAGAAAAGAAAGUUGCUUACAUAGCCAUUUGUUCGAGAUACAUGAAAACAGUGUCAUUGUACAAGACAACACAUGACAGCACAAUCAUUAAAAGUAUUCCAUUUACAAAAUUAUUUUUCUUUACACAUUUUGCUGCUGUUGAAAACACAAAAUAUUAAAUUCUUCUAUCCAUC